CGAGUACUUGUAACAUUAUUAUUCGAGACAUUCUAGCUUAAACGAGGAAGUAUUUAACGCAUCCUAGUCUCAUACUAAUCAUCAAUUAUUCCUAUUGGACAAGUAUUCGGACUGCUAAAAAUGUCGACCACUAAAAGAAUGUGGUCGGUUAUUUGGUUGCAUGCUUUACUCGCAAUGGUGGUGUCUGGAAAAACACUACGAAAACAAAAAGUUUGUGUCAUUGGAGCAGGAGGCGCUGGACUUGCCAUGAUCAAGGAAUUAGCAUCGUAUCCCAAUGAUUUCGAGCCGAUUGGCUUUGAACUCAAUGCGGAUAUAGGCGGUCUGUGGAUUUAUACAGAUAAUGGCGACUUGAAUGAGCAUGGAUUACCAACGCGCAGUGCCGUUUACAAAAAUCUGAGAACGAACGCGCCAAGAGUACUUAUGGCUUUUCCCGAUUACCAAACUUUUGGUGGUGAGAAUCGCAGUUGCGUCAAGCACGAAACGGUCUUGAACUAUCUGCAUAACUACACUGAACACUUCAAUUUUCGGUCGCACAUCCGAUUUGACACCUUCGUAGAAAAGAUUACACGGGUAGAGGAAGACGACUGGGAGACUACAAGAUGGAACAUUCACGCCAAAGAUUUGAAUACUGACCGCAGUUAUGUUACAACGUGCGACGUCGUAAUCAUUGGAAAUGGUGGUAACUUCAAACCCAAAAUCCCAGUAAUCCCAGGUAUCGAAGGAUUUCGCGGGCAAAUAAUUCACAGUCACGGUUAUCGUAGACCCGAAGAUUAUGCAAACAAAACGGUCGUUCUGCUAGGCGCUGGCACCUCUGGCAUUGAUAUUGCCAUCGAUCUCAGUCCGUAUGCUAAAAAAAUUUAUCUCAGCCAUCGACACGACAAGAUAGAGGGCAAGUGGCCAAAGAAUGUAAUCCAGGUGAGCGGAGUUGUAAAAGCGAAGGGAAAUCAAUUGGAGCUGCAAAACGGCUCGACGAUCUUUGGUGAUUCGUUUAUCUACUGCACCGGCUACAUGCUGGACUUUCCAUUCUUGGACGAGAGCACGGACAUCACAUUUACCGACAAAUACGUUGAGCCACUGUACGAGCACAUGAUCAACGCUUAUCACCCCACGAUGAUGUUCCUAGGACUGCCGACUGGAUAUGUCAUCACUUUCUCCGUUUACCACAUACAGGCCAAGUAUUACGCGGCCUUCCUGCGAGGCAAAGUACAAUUGCCGAGCUUAGCGGAAAGACUGAAAGACGCCGAAAUACCGGAAGGCGAGCCAAGAGAUCAUCGCUUGAAGGAAGGACAAUGGGCGUACUACAAGCGACUGGCUGAUGCCGGAGGAUUCGAGACGUUACCCGACUUCUACAGAGAAGGUUUGGCCGUUUGGCGCAUUAAUCAGCAAGCCGAUUGGCCGCAUUUCAAGGACAACGAUAUGGUGCUUGAGGAUGGCAAAUUCGUUAUCAAAUACCCCAAGAGAAAUGCUUGACAGACUUGCCUAGUGAUUCAAGAGAUGCUAAAAGACUUACGGACCUAAAUGUGCCAUCAUCCGACAAGAUGUUUUUUUAUACGCUAUGGAUUCUGUAACUUAGGGUAUUGUUUACACGUAUUCUGCGCGACGUUAUAUCACUAUUUGAAAUUAAUUAACUCCAUGAUAUCUAUCGGUCUCGUUCCACGCCAUAAAGAUUACUCUAUAUGUAGUUUAGGCGAAUGUGAUGUGAAAAAGUCUUGCAAACUGAUAAUUAUUCAAACAAUUUUUUCCUUAACACUAACAUCUGUUAUUAUUCAAUUGCCCUUUCUACGCUCCCUUGAACCAUUUCCGUUACUGGCAUUAUUAAAGCGGCCACAUGUUUUAUUUUGCUUCCAUUUAAUUUAUAAAAUAAUGCAUACGUUUAAAAGAUUUGAUAUUUUUAUACCUAAAGAAUAGAUCUAUUACCUCGCUCUAGGAAUUUACAUCUGUUACUUGUUUUUAUAAUGUAGAAGUUAGCAACACAUGGAUUUUGGAACGGUACCUACGGCAAUAAAUUAUGUGGCGUACGAAACGUACAAAAUAAACUAAUUAAAAUUUUAUGUAACAAGUCGAACAAUCUCCCUUUUCUACUACUCAUCAAGGAGCAUUUUUUAUUGGAAACUGUAAUGGAAAUUUUAAACAAAUUAGCUGUUAAAUAUAGUGCUAAUAUAAAAAUAAUGAUACGAAAUAAUUAUGCCCGAAAUAAAUUAAACGUUAACUAGUAGAAGCCCGAUAUAUAUUUCUAACAAAAUUUAUCAGCAAUUUAACAUGAUAUUAUUUAUAAUCAAGAAUUUAUAGUCAAUAAGAAGAAAAAACAAAUCGUCACUGAAAAUGAAUACAUUAAAUAUUGCAAAGCUACUAAAAUUAGCAUAAAUAUAGUUAUUUUAUAUUGUUAUUUUUUAAUCUCAAAGUUGGUUAAUA